UCCAGAUGACCACAACCGUAUGGUUUUGAAAGCAGAGGUCAACCCAUCCAGGACAGAUUUUAUCAACGCCAGUCCAAUCAUUGACCAUGAUCCCCGAAUGCCAGCCUACAUUGCCACCCAAGGCCCCCUUUCGCACACCAUCUCGGACUUCUGGCAGAUGGUGUGGGAGAAUGGUUGCACUGUGAUUGUCAUGCUAACCCCUCUGGUGGAAGACAGCGUUAAGCAUUGUGACCGGUACUGGCCAGACGAAGGCUCUUCUCUCUACCACAUCUACGAGGUCAAUCUGGUCUCUGAGCACAUCUGGUGUGAAGAUUUCCUGGUCCGUAGCUUCUAUCUGAAAAAUCUGCAAUCUCAGGAGACCCGAACUCUGACCCAGUUUCACUUCCUGAGCUGGCCAGCAGAGGGUAUCCCAUCGUCCACUCGGCCACUGUUGGACUUCCGAAGGUAG